AUGCGAUCAACAAUAGUUCUUUUAUCAUUGUUUAUGUGCGCUAUCGCCGUUUUUUCGGCACCAGUUGGCUCAAAUGGUCAAACUCCACCAGCCAACAACGGCGGUCAAACCCCACCAGCUAACAACGGCGGUCAAACUCCACCAGCUAACAACGGAGGUCAAACUCCACCAGCUAACAACGGAGGUCAAACUCCACCAGCUAACAACGGAGGUCAAACUCCACCAGCUAACAACGGCGGUCAAACUCCACCAGCCAACAACGGCGGUCAAACCCCACCAGCUAACAACGGCGGUCAAACUCCACCAGCUAACAACGGAGGUCAAACUCCACCAGCUAACAACGGAGGUCAAACUCCACCAGCUAACAACGGAGGUCAAACUCCACCAGCUAAUAACGGAGGUCAAACCCCACCAGCUAACAACGGAGGUCAAACUCCACCAGCUAACAACGGAGGUCAAACCCCACCAGCUAACAACGGAGGUCAAACCCCACCAGCUAACAACGGAGGUCAAACCCCACCAGCUAACAACGGAGGUCAAACCCCACCAGCUAACAACGGAGGUCAAACUCCACCACCCAACAGUGGCAGCGGAAGCGGAAAAUAA